AUGAGGAGGGCAGAGGGCAAGCUCCAAGGGAUGGGUUAUUCCAUUGAUUAUGCUGAUGAUGUCAAUAACGUCAACGGCAUCAACCACAACAAUGCAGGUGUUGUCGAGGGCGAUCUCGACGACGAUGACAGCGAUUAUGGAACACCCAAGUCUUCACCAUCAUCUUCCCCCACCAGUAACAAACGUAACCGCUCUCCCCCUCAUAAACUAGGUCUUUCUGACCUUCCUGCUCAUCCCACGAUGAUGACGACAAACACAUCUUCCCAACAUCUUCCCACAACUCACAUGCAGGAAGCAACGGUACACUACCCAGCUGGAAACACAUCAGAACACCCUACGACAUCGCAUCUGUCCUUUCUUCCUCCUCCCAAAUCUCCACCGAAAAACCUGAUGAAAGCACUCAGUCCAAUGCUCGCUAAUUUUCAUGAUUGGCAGCAACGUAUACCCUAA